GGGGAGGAGGGAUGUGGUUCUGGGAAGCCUUGAGGACAGCUGGCCCCAUGUAGGGCCACAUGAGAUCUUUCUGGAACUGCCUGGAUGCCCCGCCCUCCCAGCGGUCUGUGAAGAGUAUGGAGUCUUCCUCCUCAUUUCUGGGAGGCGCUGCUGAGUGCCUGGACUUCAGCCUCCUGUUUGGUGGCCCUGCUGCUUGUCAGUGGCAGGGUGGCGGUGGCUGUCCAGCCAAGGUUCAAGUACAUUUGAGUCACACAGCACUUGGUAGGGGCAUCCCUGGUGUCGACCCCCUGGUAGCCCAUGGUGUGCCAGAGAAGACGAAAACAAGGCCCAGCACCUGACCUCUUGCCCUUUCACCUUUGGCUUCCAGGCACGUAGCGCCAGCUGAGCUCUCAGCAGGCUCUCUCACCAGCCUCCUAUGACACCUUGCCACAGGAAGGCUUUGGGAGCAGGCCCUACCUGGGCUCUCUCAGGGGCUGCUGCCUGAGGUGGGACUUGUGCAUGAAGAUGAAGGCCCUUGGACCCCAGGCUCCUGGGCUGGAUGGGCUGAGAAGAACCUUGAGAUGUGUCCUGAGGUGCUUCACCGAUACAGACACAUUUUGGGGCUGUGGCAGCCAGAUAUCGGGCCGUAUGGAGGAUUGCUGAACGUCGUGGUGGACGGACUGUUCAUCAUUGGCUGGAUGUACCUGCCACCUCAUGACCCUCACGUGGGAGACCCCAUGCGGUUCAAGCCACUGUUUAGAAUCCAUCUGAUGGAGAGGAAGUCGGCUACAGUGGAGUGUAUGUACGGCCACAAAGGGCCCCACAAUGGCCACAUCCAGAUUGUGAAGAGGGACGAGUUCUCCACCAAGUGUAACCAGACAGAUCACCACAGGAUGUCCGGUGGGAGGCAGGAGGAGUUUCGGACGUGGCUGAGGGAGGAGUGGGGCCGCACGCUGGAAGACAUCUUCCACGAGCAUAUGCAGGAGCUGAUUCUGAUGAAGUUCAUCUACACCAGUCAGUACGACAACUGCCUGACCUACCGACGGAUCUACCUCCCGCCCAGCCACCCUGACGACCUCAUCAAGCCCGGCCUCUUCAAGGGCACCUACGGCAGCCAUGGGCUGGAGAUUGUGAUGCUCAGCUUCCAUGGCUCACGCGCCAGGGGCACCAAGAUCACGGGCGACCCCAACAUCCCCGCGGGGCAGCAGACUGUAGAGAUUGACCUGCAGCGCCGCAUCCAGCUGCCGGACGUGGAGAACCUCCGAAACUUCAACGAGCUCUCCAGGAUUGUCCUGGAGGUCCGGGAGCAGGUGCGGCAGGAGCAGGAGGCUGGCGAGGGCCCCGUGCCACCCCGGGAGCCUUCAGCCAAGGCCCCUGAUGGGCUACCUGCUAAGGAUGGCAAAGAGUCUGGCCACGGUGGAGCCGAGGCAGCUGAGCAGUCGGCCUCGUCUGGGCAGGGGCAGCCGUUUGUGCUUCCUGUGGGUGUCAGCUCGAGGAAUGAGGAUUACCCCCGCACUUGCCGGCUAUGUUUCUAUGGCACAGGCCUCAUCGCUGGCCACGGCUUUACGAGCCCUGAGCGCACCCCUGGAGUCUUCGUCUUGUUUGAUGAGGACCGCUUUGGAUUUCUGUGGCUGGAACUGAAGUCCUUCAGCUUGUACAGCCGAGUCCAGGCCACCUUCCAGAACGCCGCUGCGCCGUCGCCGCAGGCCUUUGACGAGAUGCUCAGGAACAUCCAGUCUCUCACCUCCUGACCUCCCCAUCGUGGGCGGAGAGGCUGCACCGGGGCCCGGGUGGGGGAAGCAUGCACUUUAGAAAUGAACGCACACCUCCUCACUGGGGUCCCGGUCGCCCCGGGACGCUUCUUGUAUAGUGUGUAACAUACUCUUGUACAUUUGACUUGUUGGUAGCUAUGAAGGAGAACGCUAAGCAUGGUGAGAAAAUAAACGGAGUUGAGCUAGGAUCGAGCUGAAUGACCGGUGCCUGUGGCAUGGAGAAUAAAAUGGAUAUCACCAGCCACCGUGAGUCGUAGCGGGCAGGGUUCUGCUCCACCUGUUCCCUUCCGAUGACCUAAACGGUCACUGCUGGGAGGUGGCCGCCGUGGGAUGGCCGAGUGUCAGGCUCAGGGACUCCGAUAGGUUUCCAUUGCCUUACUGGCUUGCUUAGAUCUUGGACAGGGCAUUCCACCGUGGCCUCUGUCCUGGUUGCUAGGAGCCGCUAGGGAGUCGCGCCACUCUGGCCCCUGGUGACCUCUGGGCCACACCCACUCUAGAAGUAGAGCUGAGCUGUCAGGUCAGCCACCUGUUCGUCCCCAGCAGCCAAAUGCCCUCCCUUGGUCCUCCACACAUGUUUAUCUGGAGGGCCCGCCUGCUGACACCACAUCCCUGAUGCUCUCAUUUCACGGCUGUGCAGAUGCCUCUCCAAGUGUUGACACCGACGACCGUGUCAGCAGCGAGUGCUGUCAAGCCCUUUGUAGGUGAGGGCAGUCUUCUAGGCAGUCGCACUUCUGUGUGGCCGUGUGCCCGGGAGCAUUGCUAAUUGAGGGCUUACCUGCUCAGAGAUCUGUGUGCCGGGCCAUGCUAGCGUGUGUGUUUGAGGACCCUGUCUGAGCCCAGCAUUUGUGUCUCCCAAAGGCAGAGGCCUUUGGGAGCGUCUGCCUGAGCUUCCAGUGUUAGCAUGCUUCUAGGCCGUCCUUCCCCCAUGGCUGUUCAUCCCCUGGGGCUUUGGCAAGCCCUCAUGCUGAGAACUCAUCCUGCUGGUGAGGGACCUUAGGAAGAUGGCAGCCACGGGAGGAUGGGCCUGUAGACUCAGGAGAGGUAGUGUGGUGAAGGACCCGUGCAAGCUGCCUUUAGGGCUUUAGGAUGCUGGCUUUGUCAGGAGCAGUAACAGAGCCUGCGGUGAGCUGCCGGGCUGGGUCCUGACCUCUAGUGUCUUUUGGUACCUCCUCUGUUAGUCCUGAGCAGCUUUGGACAGUGGUGGAUGUGACUAGGAAGUCGCAGAGUCAGUGGAGAGCAGGUAGCUGGGCACGCAGGUAGCUCUGGUCAGGUUUCACUGGAGAAAAGCAGAAGUGUGCAUUUCCCAGAACCUUUUCCUAAGUGUCUUCGGCCACUUCUGGUUAAGUGGGCGGUCACACCGUAUUAGCCAACCACACACUGGCUUCCCUAAACGCACGCCCUGAUUGCUGCAGAUGAGGCUUGUUGAGGGCUGAUAUCAUUGUUGGAUGUAGUGUGGCCUCGUGUAGAGAACAGCAAGGCCCUGGAACUCCGCUGGGGCAGGUGGACAUCUUUGUCCCUGGGCCUCACCAGGCCAGCACCAUUGGCUGCUCUUGUCAUUUUGCUGCUGUGGGCUGCACAGCCCAUGGAUUUUGGAGAAAAGGCACCUUGUGGGUUUGCACACUCGGCCUGCCCUGCUGUGUAUGGAGAUGGUAUGGGGAAGGUCAGGGGCAAGCUUCGGGAAGUUUAUAGCGGGGACUGGACUCUUUCGAGUGAGGAUAUUGCCGGUGUCUGUUUAUGUCCUGAUGUCUUCAGGCCUGCCAGUGUCAGGACAUCACCACCAUCACUCAGACCUCAGAUAUCAACAGUGUGUCUGUGGUAGGAGCUCUAGACUCCAUGCCUUGGUCCUGACUCACCUUGUGUCCUUUUGACAUCAGCUGUCUGGCUCCUUGUGACACGAGUUUAGACUCUGGGCCCCUCUGCUCUGGGCUGUCAGCUCUGCACACUUCCUGUCCCUGCAUGUCUACCUAUAGAGUAGGUACUUGACAGUGGCUUCUGGCCAACUGCUGCGCCAGCCAGGCCUUCCUCACAUCAUGCAAUGAGGCACUCGCCUGCUAACCUCCUUCCUUCACCAAGAACCUGGAGCAGAACACGCUGAUCUGGCCAUCUGGGGCUCCUCCCCGGCUGCUGGCUGCCUCCCCCAGCCCUCAGCAGCUCUCUGCCAGGCUCGCUGUGAACAGUAUACCGCCCAGGGUAUAAUUGUUCGUUCACCUUUCAGGACCUAUGGGCGUUAGAGCAGAGGGCCCAUCCUGCUCAGCUGUCAGGACUUUGCGAACCUCAAGACACCUGCAUUGCCUAGUGUGGGGCUGUCUUUUUCUCAAGACAGUGGGGCACGGAGGACAUCAAGCACCUGACCUGUACCAACGUCCGGCCCACAUGACCCACUUUCCAAGAAGGGUUUCACUGUGGGUCGUGACACUGAAGGAACCUGCCGGGUGCUUCUCUGUGGUGGAGUCCUCUGUGUUUGCACGGAGACCAGCACAAAGUGCCAGCAUGUGCUUUCUCAGCCCAUUUCUUGUGCUCACCGAGCCUGUUUGGAGCAUGGGGUUUGUCUGGAGCACACACACACACACACACACCCGGUUCUGGACAGAGGGUGGCUCUUAAAAGCUCUUAGGUCAGCUCCGCUUUGCCUAAGGGUCAGGGAAGGACCCUGAAACAGUAGCUGCUGUGUACCUGGUGCCUGAUGUCACCUGUGUCACUCGCCUAGGGUGUGUGUGGUUCUCCUUUCGUUCUCAGUAAACCUGUUUUUGAAGCCUU